AUGAGCUGCCUCGCGACUCCGCUGCGGCACCUCGCCCUCUCUCGCCAGCAGCUCUCGUUGAAGACGGUGUGCUUGAGCGGGCAGUCGUUCAGGUGGCACAGGUGCACGCCCAUCACUGCUACUGCAGACGCACCGCACACGGCAGACAGCGAGGAAUGGGCACUCGCACACGCUGGGCGCACUCUCGUCCUCAGGCAGGACGACUCGGGCAUCUACUACCGCGCACUGUACCCCUUCGCACCUCCUCACGCAGCCUACAUCGCAGACCUCGCAAGCGACACCUCGACGCCCCUCCUCCGCACCUACUUCCAGCUCGACGUCGACCUCGACAGCUUGCACCGACAGUGGGCACGCGAUGACCCCAAGUUUCGGAGAAAGAUCGAGUUGGACACCGAGAAGCGCCUCGAGGGGAUCCGUGUGCUGAAGCAGGACGAGUGGGAGACGCUCGUCUCCUUUAUCUGCUCGGCAAACAACAAUAUCGCCCGCAUCACGCUGAUGGUCAACCGCCUCUGCGCAGCCCUCGGUUCUCCCCUCCCUCACCCCUCACACUUCACCCCCUCCUGCGUCCACUCCACGUCCUCCUCCAUCCCUGCCUCUCCUGCGCCCGCCCCAAACGACUCCUCACUCUUCUCCUUCCCCCCGCCCCAAGCGCUCGCAGACGAAUCCCGCAUCGACCCCCUCCUCCGCCAACUCGGCUUCGGCUACCGCGCGCCCUUCAUCCCCUCGACCGCCCAAACCCUCCUCUCCACCUCCUCCUCCCUCAACCUCUCUCCAGAAUCGUACCUCGCCUCUCUCAAUCGCGCCCAGUUUACACGCGAAGGGAAAGGCAUUGCAGAAGCGCGGGAAAAGUUGGUUGCGUUCAAGGGCGUCGGGAGGAAAGUCGCGGAUUGUGUAUUGUUGUUUGGGAUGGGGUGGAACGAACUCGUACCAGUCGACACGCACGUCUUCCAAAUCGCCGUGAGAGACUACUCCUUCCCCUCCCCUCGCUCCGCAUCCCUCACUCCAGCACUCCACGACCGCGUCUCGUCCUUCCUCGCGAGCAAAUGGGGCCCUUACGCGGGAUGGGCUCAACAAGUCUUGUUCUUUGCGGACUUGAAAUCCUCUGCGGCGGGGGCGGAGAAGGUGACGAAGGUUGAGGUGAAGGAGCAGCAGCAGGAAGAGGAAGAGGAGGAGGACGAGGGGAGGAAGAGGAAGCUCACGUUUGAAGAAGAGGUACAGGCUUUGAUGGCGGAUCCGACGAUCAAGAGGCGUCGAAGCGGAGCGGCAAAGGGAGUGAAGGUGGAGCGUGCGGUGGUGGUGGAUACGAAGGUUAAGCGGCCGAGGAAGGCGAGGAAGGCUGUCAAAAAGGAGGAGGAGGAGGUCGAGGUGGAUGUUGAGAUUGAGGCGGCGGUCAAGCGCGAGGGAGAGGAUCAAGCGAGGUUGGUGGAUGUCAAGACGGAGCAGUUGGUCGCCGCGUCCGGGGUAGGGUUGGCUGGAGGAGCGUGA